AUGCCUACAAAGAAGAAAAUGCUCAUGUUCUUAUCGAGCUUUGUCGCAAGCCUUGGGUCUUUCGUUGUCAUUUGUUCCAUUCUUGGAACACAGGCCUGGAUAAGCAGCACGCUGAGCAUCCAUGACGACACUUUAAACGGAAGAGUGAUCAUCUCUUAUGGGCUUUUCCGUGGUAAGAGUAUUCAAGAAUUGGAUCAUGGACUGGCAGAAUCAGACAAAGAUUUUGAAGUUUUAGGUACGUUGAGCGGUUCUUCCCAAAAAACUCUGCAUUUGGUGAUUGUCCUGUUCCUGGCCCUGAGCUUGUUCACCUCAUUGCUGAGUUCGGGCUUUACCUUCUACAAUAGCAUCAGCAACCCCUACCAGACGUUCUUGGGAGCCACGGGUGUGUACACCUGGAAUGGCCUUAAUGCAUCCUUUAUUCUCCUCGCCAUGCUCCUAUUUGUGGGGAACACGCAGUUCAACCAAUUCUCAAAGACGCUGUCUCAGGCUCUCUACCCAACAAUUGUCCAUACUGGAGGGACCCACAGCUAUGGAUACUCCUUUUGGCUUUUACUGCUGGUCAUUCUUCUAAAUAUAGUUUCUGUGGCCAUCAUCAUUUUCUACCAGAGGGCCAGAUACCAGCGCAAGCAGGAACAGAGGAAGCCGAUGGAAUAUGCUCCGAGGGACGGGAUUUUAUUCUAA